CUGGUCCGUAACUUACCAAUCACGUUUUCUCAAUUCUGUUGGCAUUACUCCAAGCUGAGUUCAGAUCCCUAUGGUUUUUAAUUUCCCGCCCGUUCUUUGUUUACUCUCUUGGAACUCGUGAAAUUCGCCCAGGUAUACUAUAGCUUCCGAAGACUAAAUUCAUGAUGAGAAGUCUGUUCACCGUUAUUCCUUCGUUGGUUGUGGUAGCCGGCGCGGCUCGCACAUCAACGACCCUGGCGGUCUGCCCUCCAAUUGAAGGCGAUAUUACAGUAAACGUUCCCAACAUCUAUCCAGAAGGGGCCGAUUUCGCCCUCUCUAGUUGCAAAUUCUACAUAGGGUCACUGAACAAUGGAAGUCUUGUUGAGUGGGAUCCUUACACCUCGGUGGCCAAUAUCAUCGAACUGCCAGGCGUCGGUCACAACUCUGACUACUUUGUUUGUGGGGUAGACUACAGUCAUGCAACAGGGACCAUCUAUGUUGCCGUCAGUGCUCGCGCCCCGUGGUAUCCCAGCAUUGGGGGAAAUCUCACAGGACCAAACCGCCUAAUACAUUACUCCCCUCUUGAGAAGUCCAUACUGUGGCAGGCGGACGUCGAUGCACUUGUAAAAGAGAUCGAACAAGAGACUGGUUCGCCUAUCGCUGGCUUUCAGGAGACAGCCGAAGAUAUGGAUGGAAAUGCUUAUUUCAUAGCUGCGUUCAGCAAUGUCAUCCUCAAAGUCGACAAGGAUGGACAGGCCACAAAGUUCUAUGCACCGGAGAAACCUGAUAGGGCAUACGGGUUUGGUGGUGCUUUCGUGACCCAGGAGAACGUUUUGGUGCUGGGCGACGCAUUGUCUCAUGCAUUUGUGCGUUUCGACCUUUCCGGUCCAACACCCACGAGUCCUACAUUUACUGCGCCCCAGGGCCACCCAGACACGUACGAAGGGAUACUAGAGUGCGACGCCCUGAUCGCGCCGCCAAGGUUUCACGACAAGGUAGCCCUCUGUUCCAGCGUAUUGAACAGGAACUACUCGCCCCACGGUGCCAUUACCGUGUAUACAUCGGAAGACGGAUGGAAGACCAGCAAAUUUGCCGGUGUCGUCCCCGUAGAGUUUGGCCAGUCGCCCGAUGUCUGGUCUACGGCGCAGCUGGCCUCGUCAGACAAGGUAUACGCGCUUUCCUCGGCCCUUCCCUACGACGGAGGCUCGUUUCCCCAAACUCACAGUACGACGCUCGUGGAUAUUACCGCACAUGUCGACGACUUGGUUCGCCAUCUUGUGCCCAGCGCAGAGCCGCUCGAGGAUGCAAGUAAACACGAGGAGCUAUGAAGGGUAGGUCCUACAGGAUGGGUUACCCUGAAGAACUCACCAUGUGGAGAGAAAUGGUUAUCUGGCGUUUGGUAUUUUCUGUGUUAUCUUUACGCUGUCAAUCAAUAUUGCUUGAAACUUAUUCACCGUGUAAUAUUGAAAAGAUCUACGUGUAGCUACGGGUGGAAACAAUUGUCAUACCCUGUCUGUUUGAACUUCCGUGCUUUGUCGACGUUUAAUUCAUUUCAUGCUAUGUUAUUUUCAAAUAGAUGGAAUAUCCACCAGUCAAUGUGAAG